ACUCACCGACCUGGAAAACCCCCCUUCGACUACACUGUGCCAUGGGCUGCAGCAGUUCCCGAAGCGCUCCUCCCGCGGAAGAGACCGUGGAUGAGACCGCGGAUGAGACAAUGGCCGAGCUCCAGACUUUUGCCUUGAUGAAGAACGCGCCCGGCUGCACGGGGAUGUUUUGGCGCGCCAACCCUGUGAACGGCAAGAAGGGCAGCAACGACAACUGGCCCCGGGAUGGGGCGCAGUUGAAGGGCAUUGUGCAUGAAGUGAAAGGGGCCCGAUGGUUGGAAUGUAAGGAGGUGAAACAGCAUGGUGGCUCUUGGAAGGCUUGUCAGAAGGACCAGUGGAUGCCAUUCAGAUAUUCGCAGUACUACUUGCAAGAGGCCUGACGCAUGGCGAACCACCAAUCGUUUUUAGCUCCGUGUUGAACCCUGGUUUUUCCGCCGAUUUCGAUGUUGGGAGGAUGUCCCACAACGGAGGUCCAGCUGAAUUUCCAGAUUGGGGGGCUGCUAAAGAUCAGUGGCCAUAUGGGUUUACCAUGUUUUACAAUGUUUUACCUGAAAAGAAUCAUUUUGGAUGGCUUGCUUUGCCUGGUCCCCAAUUUAGAGAAACACUGAGUCUUCAAGUAUCUUUUGUCCGAGCCUUUCGACGGAUGGUCGAAGUGUGAAGAGGGCAAGCCUUGCACAGACAGCAGACCACUUUUGGCAGUUCCUGUGUAGUUGUACAGCUCUAUGGCUGCACGUUUGCUGGAUAAAGCACAAAAAGCAGCUACCUCGGAGCUGCACGCAACUGUUGGCACUUGCAAUCGCCACCCGAGAUUCCUGGACCCUGUGCUUGCAAUAGAGGGUCCCAAUCACAACCCACAGAGAAGUUCCUGUACAAAGUAUCCCUAACUCAUGUCAAAAUGUUCACCCCAG